AUGCAGUCCAACGACGGUUCCUUGCUGCCAGAGCAACCCAGCGGCAUUGAAACCGUGGGUGGUAGCGCCGGCCAGUUCAACCAAUGGACCCCUGGUCUAACAGAAAGACAAUCAAACACCGGCCUCAACUCCCAAAAUCAGGAUUCGUCAUGGGAUGGAGGAGCGCAAUCAUCAACGCCGGAUGAUGGUUUAUACCACCCGGGCCGGAAGACCGCGGGGACCCAGGAGACGAAGAAGUCGGCCACAGAUAAUGGUCUCGCUUCCUCCGGAAGCCAAGGAGCAUAUGGAUGGUCCCAGGAUAGUGGUCAGCCGCAAUCCGGGUCAGCCGCUUGGGGCACGGCAGGGACAGCAUCAGGAGGUCAAUGGGUACAAGGUACGACGUCAGGUAGUACCGGUUCAAAUGCAGGGAAGGCCUCCAUUGAAGCGAAAAGCCCACAAACCAGUAUGACGAGGAGCGGCCUGCAGGCGACCCCAACACCAUCACAGGCACCUACACCGUAUGAAAGCAGCCAGUACGAGGGCCAGAAUACUUGGGGAAAUGGAAACGGAGGACAGUGGUCAUCAAGUAGUAGCCUCCCUCAGGCAGGAGCAGGUACCCCAGACGAUGGGAUGUAUCACCCAGAGUACUCAAACACGAACGGUCAAGGGGCACAGCAGUGGACGCCAGAUGAUGGACUCUAUCAUCCUGAUGAAUGGAGUCCUAGCUCAACGACCAAACCUACGUCAACAUCCUCCCUCCCUGAGAACACGGCAACGCAAUCAUCGCCGCCGCUGUCAAGCUCCAGCACCACAGGUACGCCGACGGCUACGAGCAAUCCCUCUAACUCAACUACGACCAGUACGAACGAGGCUAAGAAGCUUGCAAUCCCAAUCACUCUAGGGGUUGCUACGGCGGCAAUGGCAGGCAUUAUCCUGUGGUGGCUGUAUAGAAAGGUCCAAGAUGCAAAGGCGGAAAGGAAGCGUAUGAAUACAUUAGAAGAAGGAGGUUAUAUCCAAGGCCCCAGACUGUCGUUCUUCAAGAGGAGACUGGCCACGUUGCGCAGUUAUAGCCUGUCCAAAUCUGCUACGAAAUCGACCCCUGUCGCCGCUCGUUCGUCCCUGAGCAUAAGCGAAAGUCCAUGUAAACAAUGUGACGGGCACUCCGACGCAAGCGAGACUAGUUCAUUGGACGAGACUAGUUCUCGCGACAUUGAAAAGCUACAGCCCCCUGAAUAUUCUUCGUCUACAGAGAGUUUGACUCCAGAGGGCCACCGACGCGGGGAUAUAUCGAUGCCAUAUAAUACGCAGAAAGCGGACACCUGUGCCAGACCGCGGACUGUCACACCCACAUCGCUGCCUGGUGUGCCUGAGGAGCCCGAAGAAUCCGAAGAGGCUAAAGAAGCUGAAGAACCCAGUCCCCAAAUUACACCAGUCGACUCGAAGGGUGCGGUGGAAGAGGUAUACACGGUAGAGAUAAGUUUCAACCCAAUUAGUGCCAAGCAUGUAGAGCUCAAGCAGGGGCAAACUGCUAAGAUCUUGAAGGAGUAUGGCGACGGUUGGGUAAGAUUGAUUCCAUUCCUAUUCCUCGUCAGCUUUUGA